AUGGCCUCCACAAACCCCUCCCAGGAAUACCUGCAGAAGUCCUACAUCGGCAAAGACAUCAGCGAUGUGCCCAAACCAGCCGCCGUCCUCGACGUAGCAAUCAUCCGACGACACUGCGAGACAAUGCUACGCACGAUCAAAACCCUCGAUGUCGGAUUCAGAGCUCAUGUCAAGUCCCACAAGACACCUGAAAUCGCCAAGCUCCAAAUCGGCGACAACACCGAGGCCAAUUUCAUAGCCUCCACAGUCCUAGAGAUCGAGAUGAUGAUCCCUCUGCUACAAGAUCUGAAACAAAAAGGCCGCAAAAUUAACAUUCUCUACGGCAUCCCGCUCGUGCCAUCACAGGUUCCACUACUUGCCAAGGCAGCCAGCGAGCUAGGCGAGAAUAGCAUCACUGUGAUGAUCGACCACCCAGAUCAAGUCCCCUACCUAGAGAAACUCUCUUUUCUAGCAGGACACCCAACAUGUGUCUUUGUCAAGGUCGACACGGGCUACCACCGCGCCGGCUUACCACCCGUAUCCCUCAAUAAGAACGGGUUACUCGAGAAACUCGCAUCUGCAGAACAAACAGGCGGAGCAAGACUCCUCGGUUUAUAUUCACACAGCAGUCUAAGCUAUAGCGGGACGACCCCGGAGCAAGCGAUGGGCCAUUUAAUUAGUGAGAUCCGCGGAUGCAAGGAUGCCUUAGAGAGAAAUCUACAUCUACUGCCCAAAAGGGAACUGGUCAUUAGUGUUGGUGCUACGCCGCAGGUAGUCUCGUCGCAGAACUUGUUACGAGAGGACGCUCCCUAUGCGGAAGCGCGGGAACUCAGGACUCUGCUUCGCGAGACGAAUGUCGAGCUGCACGCUGGCGUCUAUCCAAUCCUGGAUAUGCAGCAAUUCUCCACGGGUGCUAGUGCUGCGUCUGGGUUUUUGGAGGAUGAAAUUGCCAUCUCUGUGCUUGCUGAAGUGUGCAGUGUCUAUAAUGACGGUGAGCGGGAAAAGCCCGAGGCGCUUUUGGCUGCGGGGACGCUUGCAUUGGGUCGAGAGCCGUGUCCGAGUUACUCGGGUUGGGGGGUUGUUUCUUCCUGGAGACUGGAUGGGGUUGAUAAAGCUUCGGAGGAGAGACUGGUUGUUGAGAGGAUCAGUCAGGAGCAUGCAAUUGUGACUUGGGAGAGUCAGUCUCAGAUGAAGAUCCCCCUACGCAUUGGACAGGUCGUUAAGGUACACCCGAAUCAUGCUUGUGUCGCUGGGGCCUUUUAUGGGUGGUAUUUUGUUGUUGAUUCGGAUCAAGACAGCGGGGCUUCGCGGAUUGUGGAUGUUUGGGUUCGAGCGAAAGGGUGUGGUAUGAGGGCUUAG